AUGAAUUGGAUGGAGGCGAUGCACAUCGAGUCCCUCGCUCCGAGUCGAAAAGACGUAGCUGCGAUCCUCGGCAACUGCAAAGGCUGCUCCAAGUCCGGCUUGCACUCAUUCACCUACGACAUCCCCUACGACAUCCCCUACGAAUGCUUCCUCCACGAGCAGCUCUGCACAGAAAUCCAAACCGAAGCUUCCGCUGAGCUCGCGAUACGCGGGCUCCACAGCAGACUGAACAGCCUCAAUAUCCGACUCGAUAACCACAAGAGAGCAAUCAUCACGAUAGAAAAAUGUCUCAACACCAUCAACCCCGGGCGUCGCGCCACAGCCCUGUGGACUUGCAACACACGCAGGAAGGCCAUUGCGCACUUGGAGGCAAGGAUUCAACAUGACCACCGAUAUUUGGCAAUCAAGCAUGGCAUAUUCGCUGAAAGCCGAGCUGCAAUAAUCCGAAUCCAGAACAGCAUCGACAAAUCGGAGUGGGAGCAGGAUCCGAUCAAUAAGGAGUUAUGGCAAGAGGAAAUGGCCGAAAGAUUUCAUAAAAACUUGAUGGACAAGAUACGGCAGGCGGAUGAAGGAGCAUACGAGACCGAGGAGCGUCUGGACAGGUCACGGCACGAAGGCGCCGCUUCCGCUGCUUCCCCCAUGCCCUUUGAGCAAGUCCUAGGCACUGCACAGGAAGAUGUCCAAUAUCGUGGUAUGGCAGGGAUGGUCGGGCUGAGCCUUUUGCAAUACACCGAAGAAGCGGCUAUCAAAGCGGAGGAAGAGGAUUUCAACCCCAUGACAACCAUCCAAAGCCUUUUCCCGAAGCGCACGAGCGCGUUCGCAAUACUCGGACCUUGCCAUGGAUGCGGCACUUCACAGACGCACACCGACAUUGCCACAUUCGAAUGCUCCCUCUUCGAGCGGCUCAGUGCCCACAUGCAGGCAGAGUUUGAAGCCGAAGGCCAGAUGACAUUUCUUAAAGACAAAGAUGUUUUUCUCUCGUUGCGCUUGGGUCAAAUUCGCACCGAUGUCCUGAUCUUGGAGCGAAAGAUUGAAAGCGAGACCCGCGGACGCGCCGCAGCUCGGAGACGCCGGGACGAGCUCAAAUGCGAACAGGAGGAAUUAGAGAAGUUGCACGAGGAGAUCAAAAAAGCCUUGAAGACAGGGGAAGUCAACCGAGAGGUGGCUAUACUUGGGGCCGCUGAGAUCGAAGGCGAUAUCCUUGCAUUGAACAAGAUAAGCGAUCGGGACGAGAAGGAUCAGUGGAUUCGUCUGCGUUUGGAGAGACACGUCGAAGAGAUGAGGGAGGAUGAAGCAAAGGCCGAGGAACUAUUCGGUCCAAACUGGAAGGAGCGCAUUGCUGAAAUGGAAGCAGGCGUCUGA